AUGCAAGCAGGUGUCCGCCAUUGUUGGGGGAAAGGUUCGACAUUGUUAGGGUUUUUAAAAUCAAGCUUCGAAUUUGUGUUAACGGCGGAUGGAGGCACUCCGAACAGAGUUACUAGAGGUAUUCCCAUUAUUUUUUAUGAUGGUCCAUCUUUUGAUUUGUGUAUCACUCAAACUCAAGAUGAAGAAGACAAUGCAGGCUCUGUUGCUAGAAUGGCUGCUCAGAGUAGUAGUAUUAAAAUUGGAGAUGAAGGUUCUAAAUCUAUCAAAAGAAAAGAAGUAGUCCUGAAUCCAUCAGAUUCCAGACCAUCUGUGCAAAGUACUGAAAAACGGAGAAAAAUUGUCGAGGAUGCAUCAGGAAGCAAAGGAAAAAACGUUGUUGAAGAUGAACCACCAAAGAAAGUGAAGAGAAAACUCUAUGUGAAAAAACCUCCCACUCAAACGGUGCACAUGAGUUGUUACACAAACACUGAUGUAUUUAAAGAUUUGAAGGCCAAGCUCACUGAUGAGCAGUACAAAUUGUUCGGUGAAACUUGCUUUGGUGUGUUCCUCCGGAUGCAGCGUUGUGAUAUUCAAGCACAGAUUAUGAGGUGUUGCAUGGUGAGAGAACUUACUUGUAGCAGGCCUGAUGCAUUCCUGAUGGAUCUCAAAGAAGCAAAACAGGAUAUUGGAAACAUACUUCGGGGGUCUAAAACUUUGCCAAAGAAGGCAGCACUGAUUGACUGCUUCAAUGACAAAGAUGCUUACCUUAAUGAUGUCGAUGCCGUUAAAAUUUCCAUUUUAUACUUCAUACAUACUUAUAUACUAUCCAAUGAGAAGAAUGUUGUUAGAAUACCAAGGCUACACUUUGAGUUGGUAGAGAAUGGUAGAUACACAGAUUUCCCAUGGGGAAAGGUAGCAUUCCGUGAUUUGAUUAAAAGCCUAAGCAAGACGAUGACGUUUGAGAAAAAAAUUUAUAGGCUUCACGGGAUGCCCCUUGCUAUGCAAAUUUGGGUAUAUGAGUGUUGUCCAUUGGUUGACAACAAUCGUGUACUUAAGUCAAGUGACCAUAUUAUAGCGGUCAAAUCAGGCGGCAACAUUCCUAGAAUGCUCAAUCGGAAGACCAUCGAAAGUCAACCGGCUUAUAAGGAUCUGAUGGACGGCAUAUUUAAGGAAGAUGACAACCCGGAGGUACCUCUAUUUGAUAAUAUGGUCCCGACCAUCAACGAGGUUGCAUGUCUUCAACUGCCACCGCUUUCCAUAUGUGAAGCGCAAACUACCAUUGCAACAGAAGAUGAACAUGAAUCAGAUGAUGACUUUGUUUCUACACCACCACAGAAGAAACAUAAGCAAAUGUCUGAUGGACCUUCUUCAUCAACGAAAAAGGAUACACCUGUAAAGAGGACUGCUUCAAAAUUGAAUACACCUGUGAAGAGGACAAAUUCAAAACUGAAUACACCUGCGAAGAGGCCUAAUUCAAAUUUAAAUACACCUGUGAAGAGGCCUACUCCAAAAAUGAAUACACCAUUGAAGAGGCCUACUUCAAAAAUGGAUAUACCUGUGAAAAAGCCUGUCCCUCCAAAGGCUAAAAAGCAAGUGCAGCCAAAAAAGCCAUUUGUCCAGCAUGAUGAUGUCCCAACAGAAAACAAUCAAGAUGAGUUUGUGAUGUUAAGGCAAGAAAUAGAUGAUUUUAAGAAGUCGAUAAAGGAUGAAAUCAAGGGUCUUCGGAAAUCGGUAAAGAACGACAUCAAGGAUCUUCGUAAAUCCAUGGACGAUAAAUUCACAGAGGUUCUUCAAGCAAUUAAAGGACGAAAUGAUUCAGACAAGGGUGCUGCAAGUGAAUCUCCAUUCCAGCGACAUGAUGGUGGAACACAUCGUUCAGUCGAUGACAACAUAUUUGAUACAUCACUAAUACUGAACCAAACAUUUACACCUCAUGUUGCAACAGAGGGCUUAGCCGGGGAUGUCGGUGUCACUAAGUGUAAUUCAAGUGGAGAUACAGUAAGAGCAGAUACAGAAGAGAUUCAUGAAGAACCCAUCAUUUUUGAACAACAUAUUGAAUCAGUGGCAUUUGGAUCUCAAAUCCAAAUUGAGAAAUCUCAACAUACAGUUGAUGUUGCCCAUGUUGUUCCUGCUUGCAAAACUAGCAAUGACAGAAGCCCCGUGUCAGUCGGUGACAAAACAGUUGAGUUACGCCCUAAUGAAGGUGUAUCUUCUACGUCGAUGAAUGUUGGUGUUGUUGAUCAAAACCAAGAGAGAAAAGAAGAUGCCCCUGAUGACGUACAUCAAGUUGCAUUUCAUGUUCAGUUGGACCAGAACCCGAUUCUGGGGGGAAAACAAUGGAUGAGUAGCUCAGUAAAGUUGACACAGAUAUUAAACAUGAAACACCCAUUUGAGAAUGAUUCUAUCACGGGGCAACAUGAUAAAAAGAUUUUAGCUGAUUUCUCGAAAUGGGUUAGAGAGGGGCUACUUGUUAGACAUGAUGCCAGAAAGGGUAAAGAGGACCAUUACAAAAAGGGGAAGGCACACAUUGAUGUCAUAUUUUACUACUUCCGAAAGAAAGCCAAGUAUGAUACAUCUUCCGGAUACAAAUUUACCACUGUCGACUAUGUUUUUAUGCCAAAAAUUGAUGUUAUUGCCAAAGCAUAUGUUGAGUCGGAUGGUGCUGCCACAAACAUUGGGAAUCUGGAAGAUGAUUUGUGUGAAUACGUCAAAGGCCACAGAUUGCUAUGCACUGUCCCGUGGCAUUUAGUUGAUAAUGUUCUUAUCCCAGUAAACAUGAAAGAUAAAAAUCAUUGGUUGUUGGCAGUCCUUUCAUUCCCGGACAGAUGUUUGUAUGUAUACGAUUCUUAUCGUUCAGCUGGUCAUGGGGCAGCGGUUAAGAUCGAAAUUGACAAACUGGCUACACUGUUGCCAAUUUUCUUACAGUUGACAAACUUCUAUGAUGCGAAGAAGGAUAUUGAUUUGACAAGUCACCCAGCAUACAAAGGCAAAGCAAUGGCUGAUAAAUUGGAUGUUGUUUUUGUUGAAAACUUGCCACUACAAAUUCCUGGUAGCAUGGAUUGCGGCAUCUAUGUCACUGCAUAUACGGAGUAUCUUAUUCAGGGAGAAGGGAUCCCAGCUGCUGAUCUUGAUGCCGAGUUAUUACGUACGAGAUAUGGUGCACUUUUGUGGGAUUAUGCUCGGCAGAAGAUAGAGCAAGAUGCUGCAAGCGAUAAUGAGGCACCUUCAAGGCCAGUUAGAGCAGUGAUUGAUUUUGAUCAAGUUAAAAAAGUCAUAGUUGAUUAG